AUGCUAAACGUAUGCAGCUUGGUGUGUCGUAAACGAAGAGUCAAGUGCGAUGAGACUCGUCCUCGAUGUAAGAAUUGUACAAGAGUAGAGCGAGAAUGCGAGUACCCACAGAAGCCAGUAACUCCUCAAAGACCUCGAGCCUUGAGCACUCGUACGUUCGACAAAGCCCCAAGCAUCGCCAAUAACACAAAUCUGUCCGAAUUCGAGGUGGUAUCUCUUAGAAUCCCCACACCAUCUGGCGGACUGAGCGCUUCUGGUCAAGACACCGCGCAAUCCUGGAUCCCGUUCAACAUCGAUCCACAGCAAGUGGCAGGUACCGUGCUGCCGGACGACAGCUUCUUCCUAGACGACAGUCUAUUCUCGUUCGGUGACACGCUUACGCCUUCCUUCGGCCCGACUGAGUGGUACGAUCUCUUGGCUCAAGAUGCUAUAGAUACCAUGCAAGAUCGAAACCCCAACAAUCACUGGAACUUCGAUUACUCGAGCUUGUCACGUAGGCAGUCGCCUCGGCAGUCUGCCGCUCCUGAUGUAGGCCCUGGUGAAGGGGAUGGCCCAACGACAACAACGCAGGAUUUGCCGUCCGAGCCUUGGAAUGCGGAUUCCAGGAUCGAGCUGAAGGGCAACGAGUUGGUAUUUUUCGAGCAUUACAUCAAUAUCGUCGCGCCUAUCUUGGACUUGUUUGAUCCAUUGAACCACUUCGCGAGCAUGGUGCCGCAUCUCGCAUUGCGUAACGUUGGUUUACUGAAGUCGAUCUUGGCUGUUGGUGCCAGACACCUCACCCUCGGCCAGGCCACUAAGCCCAUAAAAGCCAUGCUACACAUCCCGCCAGGUACACCGGCGUCCGUGCACAGUCUCUCGCCAAACGCUGCAAAGUUUGCAGAGCAAUACUACUUUGAGACCUUGCAGUAUUUGUCACAGAACCUCCUCUAUCAGACAUACACGGGCUCGCGUGAGAUUUUGGUCACUGCCAUCAUGAUCUCAACGUACGAGAUGUUUGGGACCGCAGAGAACCCUGACCACUCUGCAUGGGACCGUCACCUGAGGGGAGCGUUUUGGAUACAACGCAACUCGAAUACUAGCGGUGAAUCUAACGACAGCCUCAGACGCGCUGUCUGGUUCUCAUGGUUGCGUCAAGACAUCUGGGCUGCGUUUCGGACAGGCCGCCCAGCUUUGACCAUACAUCAGCCGACGAAAGCGAUGUCUGACCUGGCGACGGAGGAGCUCACUACACGCAUCAUCUACAUCACAGCCAAAUGCGUACAAUUUGCGGCGACUCCCAAAGAACAGAACAUCACAGAGUACAUCGAAGCUGGUGCAACACUGAUGCGAAUGUUAGACGCUUGGAAACGACGUCUUCCUCAGUCCUUCGAACCGAUCCGUAUCGCCGGCUCAUUCUCGACUCCACAAUCGGAUUCCGAUGCAACGAUGCUUGCGCCAAUCUGGAUCUACCCUCCGGCACAUGCAGCCGCAAUACAAAUGUACCACUUCUCGCGGAUCGUCAUGGUCCUUAAUCAACCCUCGACAGGUGGCUUGAACGUCUAUCAGACACGCUUUAAGAUGCUGCGCGAAAGCACCACCAUGAUAUGCGGAAUCGCUGCUGCGCCACAGUCGCAGAACCUUCCCAGUGCGUUCGUUGGCUUCCAGGCUGUCUAUGCUGCUGCCCUGUGUGCGGACAGUCAGGAUAAGCAAGUUGAGAUUCUAGAAGUAUUAGACAAAUUGUUGCACAUCAGCAAGUUUCCCUCAAGAUCAAUACUAGACGAUCUCGUAAAGGUUUGGAGUGGUGGCAGCUGA